AUGGCAAACCUGAAUCUGAUUGCAGAGCAUAUCACAAAUUUGUCCAAUACUUACUUUUUGCACCCUAACGAAAGUCCAUCCUUGGUUCUGGUAUCACCUCCAUUAUCAGGGCAAAAUUAUCACGCAUGGCGUCGAGCCAUGACUGUAGCGUUGAUAUCCAAGAAAAAUUUGAGUUUCGUUGAUGGCUCCAUUGAAGCACCUUUACCAAUAGAUUCGAUUUUUCCUCUAUGGCAGCGUUGUAAUACGAUGGAAGAUUUGUUCAAACUGCAGCAAGGUGAUAGGAGUGUAAGUGAAUACUUCACUCAAUUGAAGAUCCUUUGGGAUGAACUUGAGAACCUGAGGCCACUGCCAAGCUGUAGAUGCGAUAUUACUUGUACUUGUGGAGUUGUUACACUUCCAAGAACAUACAGAGAAAGUGAUUACGUGAUCAGAUUUUUAAGAGGCUUGAAUGAUCAAUAUGCACAGGUGAGAUCACAAAUUAUGUUAAUUGAUCCCCUUCCAAAUGUGAAUCUAGUUUUCUCCAUGGUAAGUCAGCAAGAAAGACAGUUACAAGGAGGAAAUGUUCAUGAAUCAUCUACAGCUACAACUAAUGCAUUUGCUAAUUCUGCUACUCAAGUUUUCCAUAGAGCAGACACUUAUGGACGAGGACGUGGUCGUAGCAAUAUCUUUGGAAGAGGACCAAAAUAUGGUGGUAAGCUCUGCACGCACUGUGGCCGGACAAACCACACUGUGGAAACCUUCUUUCAUAAGCAUGGUUUUUCACCAGGAUACAGAAGUAGAUUCAAUCAUAAUGCUCAUUAUAUUGAAGUCUCAGAUGAGGGCAUUAACCAAGAAAAUUCUCAACAAGCCACAAACAAUCCUCCAACCUUAUCACAUGACCAAUACCAACAAAUACUAAACCUCCUACAAACACAAACACAAGAUACCAAUAUCAAUGCACAUUCCUCAAACCUUGUCCAAGUUUCUGCCGCACAGGUAGAAGCAAACACAUCCAAUCUUAUGAACCAACCAAGUAAAUCUCAAAUCAAGUGGCUUCUUGAUACAGGAGCCACUGAUCAAAUAUCUCAUGAAUUAUCUGAAUUUUCAUUCCUACAAAAAAUCAAACCCAUUUCUGUUAUAUUACCAGAUGGCCACCAUGUGUUGGCAACACAUUCUGGAACAAUUCACCUUUCUCCUCAUUUAAUCCUUUCAAAUACAAAUCAGUCUCAGUCAGGUACAUCUUCGCUUCCUUCUUCCACCUUAUAUCCUUUAUCUCAAGUUUUAUCUUACUCAAAAUGUUCUCCCAUGUAUAAAAAUUUUUGCCUUAAUGUUUCUGCUAAUAUUGAGCCUCAAACUUAUACCCAAGCCAGUAAACAUCCUCAGUGGCUCCAAGCAACGAAAUCUGAACUAGCAGCACUUGAGCACAAUAAACUUGAAAGGUACAAGGCACGUUUGGUAGCAAAAGGACUCACUCAACUUGAAGGUGUUGACUAUUUCGACACAUUCUCACCUGUUGCCAAAGUUUCUACCAUUUGGGUCCUUCUCUCAGUGGCAGUAGCUAAAGGAUGGCAUCUUCAACAACUUGAUGUGAACAAUACCUUCCUUCAUGGUGAUCUCCAUGAGGAAGUGUACAUGGUUCCACCUCCUGGAUUUCUUUGCUCUCGACCAAAUUAG